AGGUCAGUUUCGAUUGCAAUAAUGGCGUUUCCAUGAAAUUAUCCCCAAUUCAGUUCUGUUCAAACGUAGGGUUAAGAAACUUCGCCGUCAUUUUCAAAAUCGAAUUAUAAUAAUUAUUAUAAUACUCACAAAUAAUUCACCAUCGUCGUCUCGAUGAGUCAACUCGUCUGAGAGAGAGAUAUGCAAACCGCCGCGAGGACGGCGUGGCGGUGGCGGCUUCUGGCCGCCGAUUUGGCAAUGUCGUUCAUGUGGGUGUGGUCCAGCGUUUUGAACAAGGUUUUCGUGCACAGGGUUUUGGGCUACGGCGCUCACCAAUUGGACGGGGAAAUCGUCCGAUACGCGGUUUCGAUUGCGAAUAUGUUCUUCUUCGCCUUCCUGGGGAACGCCACCGGCGGUGGCUACAAUCCGCUCUCCAUUUUGGGGUCUGCCAUUGCCGGCGAUUUCUCCAACUUCGUCUUCAUUGUUGGGGCCAGAAUCCCUGCGCAGAUUGUCGGCUCAAUAUACGGUGUUAGGCUCAUCCUCAACACUUUCGACGGGAUAGGACGUGGGCCCCGCUUGAAUGUGGAUGUUGCAAAGGGCGCCUUAACCGAAGGCAUGCUCACAUUUGCUAUUUCGAGCAUUUCCAUGAUGCUAAAUCGAAAAGUCUCCGAUAGUUUCUUCAUGAAGACAUGGAUUUCGAGCUUAUCCAAGCUAACACUCCACAUACUCGGUUCCGACCUGACUGGGGGUUGCAUGAACCCGGCCUCGGUAUUGGGUUGGGCGUUCGCCAACGGGGAGCACAUCACGAAAGAGCAUUUGGUCGUUUAUUGGCUUGCGCCAAUGGAGGCCGUUCUUUUGGCCUCUUGGGUGUCCAAAUUGAUGUUCCCGACCAAGAUGGACAGCGACCGUGCUCGUAGGAAGGAUGAGGAUGGGAAUGACGACGGCCUCGAGGGCAAACAUGGAAAGUUAAGUUAAAUUGAUGGAAGAUUUGAUUGUUCUUGUAAGUUUGCCACAUUGUCUUUAUUGAUGGAUUAAGUUCUUAGAAAUAUAUUUGCCAAAGGUUUGAUUUAGACAAGUUCUUGAAGUUCUAUGUAGUUUUUAUACCUAAUGAAAUUGUAUGUAUUUCAAAAUUGGUUUGUGCCUUUUUUACUAUUUAAAUAUGAUCUCAAGUCCAAUAA